UUGUUUGUGACAAUAUUCCAACACCACAAUCGAGCCUAUACUUUACCUCUGCUGGGGAACGAUGGUGACGAAGCCAAAGCAUGCGUGCUAGAAGCCAUAAGAGACGCUACUGUCAAAAUUGUGUAACUUUCUAUACUUUACUAUACCUGAUCUUAAGUACGUUUUGUCUAUCGACACACCUCAGUGCUGUAUACAUGUAUAUUUAUAAAACUUGUAUCAUCAAUUAAUUUAUACUGUAACUAAACCUUUUACGCAAUUUUUUCACGGUUUAUUUAUCCUAAGUAAUAAAUAAAAUAUUAAAUUUUGAUGGUUUUCUCAGUGAAAGAUUUUUUGGAGUUACUUGAAAAAUGCACACCUAAAAAGUGUCAUCAGAUUCAUAUCUUGUUGGCUACUGUUCCAAUAUUUCGGUUAUUUUGUCAAAUGUUCAUGAAUAUAAAAGGCUAAAUUUGAAUGUGGUGUAAAAAAACGAUAGAUAAAAUUUUUCAUAUAAAGAGAAAUACAUUAUAAAAAUUGUAGAAAAUGUCAGACGACGAUAUAGCUAUGGAUUCAGUCGACUCUGACGAAGACAUUUUUAGUACUCAUAAUCGUUCUCAUAAUGAUGCACGAAGGUCUAAACCUCUUCGUACACUGCGAUCACAUUCAAAUAAUAAAUCUCAUAUUACAAGAAAUAAUUUGAGUGUACGAAGAAGCACACGGAAUAGAAUGCAGACUUAUGAUAAUCUCAAUACAUCAUGGAUACUAGGUACACAGACUUUGAAAGGAUAUCCUAUGUUCCAACAACAUCCAUCGUCUUCUGAUAAAGAAAUGGUCGAUGAAUCAUCUGAUAGACCAAAGGACCUUCGUGAGCGUAUGCCUUUGCGGUCAAGAGAAAAUCAUCAAUUAACAAAGAAUAAUAAACCUCUCAAAAAUAAAGAAGACAUUAGUGAUAGAAUUGGGGAUAGAACGGAAACAGAUACGGAAGACUCCCCUCAGGUUAACCAAGAAGCUAAUGAUGUUGAAAGUAAAGAUCAAAAUGAUCGCAAAGGAGAUAGAGAAUUAAAAUAUAGAAACGGAAAUAAGAAUAAAACAGAAAAUACUUCUAUAAGUACAGAAAAAGAAAUGGAGUCAAAAAAACUGCACAGCCCUUCAAGAGCGCGAGAGGGUCCAGUAACAAGAUUAUGUGGGAUGUUAGAAAAGGAUGAGAAAAAAGUUUUACCCAUAGAUAUGAAUGAUGAUGAUGAUAGUUCUCAUGAAAGUGAAAAACAGGGUGAAAACGAAAAUUCUGAAAAUGAUGAUGGUUACGAAGAUAUGUAUACCCGAAUCAAAAGAACCAGAAGAGCAUCUCAACGGCAAAUGGAAAGAAAUAAGAAAUUAUCAGAAGAAAGUGAUUUAAGUGAGUCUUCUGAUUCUCCUGGACCACGGAAAUACAGUCUUCGUAAAAAAAAACCCACCGUAGAUAGAUUUCAAGUUAGUUCUGAACCAGUUCGACGUUCUAUACGAGCAUUACGCAGUGUGUUGAGUCAAUCAAUUCGACGACGAAAACAUAGAAGUAAAAGUUCUUGCUCCACUGACUCGAGUGAUAUUGAAACUCAACGCUAUGAUAAAAAGAAGUCAAAAAAAGUUAGACAAAAUGCACUUCCUCAAGGUGGUCCACCUGAUAAAAAAGCCGAUAUAAAUCCCAUUAUAGUAGACACUAAUAUCAGAUUCAGUGAUGUUGGUGGCCUAGAAUCGCAUAUUCACUGUCUUAAAGAAAUGGUGAUGUUUCCUAUGUUGUAUCCAGAUGUAUUUGAUAGAUUUCAAAUUACCCCACCUAAAGGAGUUCUUUUUUAUGGUCCACCAGGUACAGGAAAAACAUUGAUUGCACGAGCUCUUGCAAAUGAAUGUAGCCAACAAGGAAGUAGAAAAGUUACGUUUUUUAUGAGAAAAGGUGCUGAUUGUUUAUCAAAAUGGGUUGGUGAAUCAGAGCGACAGUUAAGACUUCUUUUCGAACAAGCUCAACAAAUGAAACCAUCGAUUAUUUUUUUUGAUGAAAUCGACGGUUUAGCUCCAGUCCGAAGUACAAAACAAGAUCAAAUUCAUGCAAGUAUAGUGUCUACAUUGCUUGCAUUGAUGGAUGGUCUAAAUGAUCGAGGGGAAGUAAUAGUUAUUGGAGCAACGAAUCGUAUUGAUGCGAUUGAUCCUGCAUUAAGAAGACCAGGAAGAUUUGAUCGUGAAUUAUUCUUUCCAUUACCAGCAAUUAAAGAACGAUUAGAAAUAUUACGAAUUCAUGUAAGCAAAUGGAAGAAUCCACCAUCUGAUUUACUUUUAGAUAUAUUGGCUGAAAAAACAACUGGUUAUUGUGGCUCAGAUAUACGUGCACUUUGUACUGAAGCCGUAUUGCAAGGUCUUAGAAGAACGUAUCCUCAGAUUUAUUUGACCAGUAAUCGUUUAUUAUUGGAUCCACAAAGAGUUGAAGUGAAAAAGCAAGAUUUCAUGGAAGCUACAUCUGUGCUUGUACCAUCAACCCAUAGAGUUGCUCCUAGUGUUAGUAGAAAGCUUCAGGCAUUUAUGGUGCCAUUACUUGGGAAUGCUUUAGAUGAGUUAUUUAAUUCUGUAAAAACAAUGUUUCCUCAAGGUGUUAAUCCAGCAUUAGCCAAAAUUAAAAUUGCAAAAGGACUUCAUCGUCCAAGAAUGUUAAUUACUGGAAAUAAAUUAUCACACGGACAAGGAUCUAAACUGGCACAAGCUUUACUCUACCGUAUGGAGCAUGUUUCUGUACAAACAUUAGAUAUAAGUACGUUAUUCAGCGAAAGUGCUCGUUCACCAGAAGAAACUUGUGUUCAAGUAUUCCAUGAAGCAUUGAGAAAUAUACCAUCAAUCAUAUAUGUUCGUUCAAUUGAUCAAUGGUGGCCAAUAGUACAGGAAACGGUCAAGGCUGUUUUUAUGUGCAGAAUUACUAGUCUUGAUCCUUGUCUUCCAAUUUUAGUCAUUGCUACGAGUGACACUCCAUAUAAUGAACUGCCUUUCCAAAUAAAAAGUCUUUUUAGUGAAAUACGUGAAGAAGUUUAUGAAUUGGAUAUUCCAACAGCAGAGCAAAGGUCUGCAUUUUUCAAGCCUAUUUUUAUGGUUCAAAGUUUAAAACCUCCUCUCAUUAUUGAUGAUAAAGUGGAAAUUCUUGAAGAAUUGCCUCUAGCACCAGACCCAAUACCAAAGAAAUUGACUGAAGAUGAAAGAAGAGUAUUAUAUGAAAAAGAAGAAGUUUCAUUACGAGAAUUAAGAAUAUUUCUUCGAGAAAUAUGCGCUAAGUUAGCUCGGAAUAGACAAUUUUUCAUGUUUACAAAACCAGUUGAUACAGAAGAAGUUCCAGAUUAUAAUACAAUAAUAAAGCAACCGAUGGAUCUUGAAACAAUGAUGACCAAAAUUGAUAAACAUUCUUAUUUGUGUGCACGUGAUUUUCUUGAUGAUAUCGAUUUAAUUUGUAAAAAUGCUCUAGAAUACAAUCCUGACAGCUUGCGUGAUAGAUCUUCUUUUGGAAUAUUGAAGAGAGAUCCAGCUGAUAAACUUAUUCGUCACCGUGCUUGCUCGCUGCGCGAUCAUGCUUAUGCUCUAAUUAAAGCAGAACUGGAUUCAGAUUUUGAAGAUAAAUGUCGAGAAAUAUCCAAAAACCGCAAACUAAUAGAGAAUGCAAAAAAUAAUAAUCACAAUAAUAAUAGUAUUAAAUCAAUGAAAAAUGACCAUUAUAUUAAUAAUGAUAAAAAUGAUAGAAAAGAUAGUAUGAUAAACUCUAAUUGUUCAUUGGAAAUGAAUAAUCGAAAGGUAAACACUUCAAGAAAACGAAAAAUUCCUGCAUGGGCACGUGGUUAUGUAAAGAAAGUAACCAAAAAGAAAAAAAUAAUAUAUGAUGAAAAUACCAUUGAAUCGAAUGACAAAUUAGCAACAUGUUCAAAUAAUGGAGCUAGAGGAGUUGAUCUCGACAAGUUCCAGGAAUUUGAAACUAAUAGUAUGCUAAACAAUGACAGGAUAUCAUGUGAUAAUAGUGAAUCUGAAAAUGAUUCAACGAAUGAUAAUGUAAAGAUAGUUAAAAUGAAUAGUUCAAGUGAAAUAACAACAGAGCGAAUAAUGAUUGAAGAAAUAGUUGAUAAAGUUGUCACUAAUGAUGUACAAAAAUCAGCAGAUAAUAGUGGAAAUACUUCAUCAAUACAACCCGAUAUCUUAGAAGAUUUAACUUUUACAAUUAACUGUGAUCACCGAAAAACUAAAUUAGGAAGAAGUGAUAAGAAUAUUGAAAUGUCGAAUGCACGAGAUUUUUCAUGUAUUGGUGGUUUGGAGAAACACAUAAAACUAGUAAAAGAAAUGGUAUUAUUUCCUCUCAUAUACGGUGAUAUAUAUGCGAAAUUUAAUAUAAAACCUCCACGAGGAUUAUUAUUUUAUGGUCCUCCAGGCACAGGAAAAACCUUGGUAGCAAGUGCAUUAGCAACCGAGUGUAGUAAUUCUGAAAAAAAGGUAUCAUUUAUAUCUCGAAAAGGCUCUGAUUGUUUGAGUAAAUAUGUUGGGGAAAGUGAGAAGAAGUUACAAAAAAUAUUUCAAUUAGCCCAACAAAUGAAACCUUGCAUAAUAUUCUUUGAUGAAGUUGAUGGUCUCGCACCUGUACGUACUAGCCGACAAGACUAUGUCCAUGCUAGUGUUGUAUCCAUUUUAUUAGCUCUUAUGGAUGGAUUAGAUAACAAUUCAGAGAUUGUUAUUAUUGGUGCAACUAAUCGACUAGAUGCAAUUGAUCCAGCUUUAAGAAGGCCUGGCCGCUUUGACAGAGAAUUAUAUUUUCCUCUACCGUGUUUUAGUGCAAGAAAAGAUAUAUUAUCGAUUUACGUUAAAAAUUGGAAACACAAACCAUCAAUAAAAUUCCUAUCCUACAUAGCAUCUAAUACAGUCGGAUACUGUGGUAGUGAUCUUCAAGCUCUAUGUGCUGAAGCUGUCAUGUGUUGUGUGAGAAGACAGUAUCCUCAAAUAUAUACAACAAAGCCUAAACUUCAAAUUAAUGAUAGACAUUUAAAGGUGGAAAAAAGAGAUUUUAUAGAAGCUCAAUCCAAUAUUACUCCAGCAUAUUUCAGAGCUGUUAUGGCUCCUAUUAAAAAAUUAUCAUCUUCAAUUUAUCCACUUCUUCAAAACAAUAUCUCUAAUAUUCUUGAUAGGUUGCAGAGUAUUUGUACUUCUGACAUGUUUCCGUUUGAAAGCAAUAUGAAAAUUAUUACCUCAAAAUCGAAAAAUUCUCCUCGCAUUUUAUUGUAUGGAAAAGAUGAUUGUCAUACUCGUCAUUUAGCACCAGCAUUAUUGCAUACCUUUGAACAUUUACCUUGUCAUGUAUUGGAUGUUAUGACACUUUUUGAAGAAACUGGUCGUUCUGUUGAAGAAACUAUAAUUCAGAAAAUAAAACUUGCUCGGCAUACACUCCCUUCAUUACUAUACGUGCCUAGCAUUAAUGCUUGGUGGCAUUUAGUCAAUCAAACUGCUCGUACUAUUUUUUUAUCUCUUUUGAAUGGGUUAGAUCAGUCUACUCAUAUGCUGAUUCUGAUGACUAUUAAUACUAAUUUAGUAAAAAUACCUAAAAAGAUUGCACAAUUAUUCGAUGGUAGUUAUGGCGAAUUCUAUGAAAUUCAGCCUCCUAACAACUCUGAAAAGAUAGCCUUUUUCAAACAAUUAUUCACUAAAUAUUACUUAUCAACCAGCAGUGUAUCAAACAAGUCAUCUUAUGUGGAUUUUAAUCAAAUAAUGCAAUCAACCAGAACAAAGAUGGAAGAUCAGCUACAAAAUAAUUCUCAAACUGACUGGAAUCAUAGAAUUAAUACCAGUCAUUCUCAAUCCAAUAUUAACAAUUCAGUUCCUGAUUCUAUUCCAAGAGUUGGAACUAAAAGAAAUCGAAUACCUUCUGAUGAUGUUGUCAUAAGAAAAAAAUCUAAACUUGAAUUAAGUUUAUCUUCAAAUCACCGAGUUACAAGAUCUGGAGGAUUAAAAGAAAUAGAAAUAGAAGAGCUAAUUAAUCGAAUUAUUAAAUGUACUCACAACUGGGUUACUGGAAAACUUGAAAGAUUAUAUAUUGAAUUUGAGAUUAUUCUUAAGCAAAAUGAUGAAUUAUAA